AUGAUCAGCCGGGAACAACACUCUCGGGACCCAUUACAAAUAUAUCUAGCUAUCCUAGCUAUCUUCUACGUCUGCCACGAGUCUAGAUUAGUAGCCGGGAAGCACUACACCAAAGUCACCAAAAAUACUCUGAAGAAGUACAACCUCUCUUACCGGCAUGUUUACAUCAACUUUGACAUGGAUCAUUUCUGCCACGACUGGGUCCAUCGGUUGAAUCAGGACUUGUUGGUCUCGUACACUUUUAGGCUUGAGGAGGUGUGCAAGAUCAAGUUUGAGAGGGAAUUGAGGGCUGAUCCAAAGAAGGGCGGUGGCGGGUUGACGUUUUCGGCAGAGAUGAAGUGGUCCUUUCAGGAGGAGGAGAGUCAGAUGAUGGAUUUAUGGCCCAUUGCAUCGAAUCCCCACCUGGCUGUGAAGGCACCGAAGAAACGGGUUGUGCCGAAGAAUCAGAGAUCCCCGAGGAAGCUGGAAGUACCAACGCUUCGGUGGGCGAUGGGGACCUAG